GACAAAUAUAAUUCAAUUUUUAUAAAUUUUCAUUAAUUUUUCUAUAUUCAUUUUAUAUUAUUUUAUAUAUAAGGAAAACAUACAAAAUUCCAGUAUCUUCUCAAAGUUUUAUAACAUGGAUCACAUAUACAAUAUAAUUGAUAAUUUAGAGAAAGAGAACUCUGAUUUAAUGAAAGUAAUUAUCAUAGGAUAUACCAUUAAUGGAACACCACUUAAAGUGGUGCAAAUAAAUCCAGAGCAAAAUAAUAAUAGUAAUUUUGGAAUAUGGAUCGAUGGAGGUACUCAUGCAAGAGAAUGGAUUUCUAUAUCUUCAAUACUGUAUAUAUUAAAUGAAAUAAUACACAAUAGGGAAUUUCUAUCAAUAAACAUGAAAAUGACACAAUUUUUUAUAAUGCCAGUGUUAAAUCCAGACGGAUACAGGCAUUCACAAAAUAAAGAAAGAUUUUGGCGAAAAAAUCGAUCAAAAACUUUUCAAAAAAACUGUAUAGGAGUAGAUUUGAAUAGAAAUUGGGAUUUUCAAUGGAAUGAAACAAUUACUAUUGAGAAUCCAUGUUCAGAAACAUAUAAAGGUUUAAGUCCAAACUCAGAAUUAGAAAUAAAAUCAGUGGCAACAUUUUUACAAAAUAACUUAAAAAACAUAAAAGGUUUUGUAACCUUUCAUUCAUUUGGACAAAAAAUUAUAUACCCAUGGGCCUAUAACAAAUCAAAUGUGGAUGAUCAAUUUACUUUAAACAAUAUUGGAAAAUUAAUUUCUCAGGAGAUAUUAAAAAAAACUUUAAAUAUAUAUACAACAGGUUCAGCAAGUUUAUUAUUAGGCAGAACACAAGGUAAAAGCAAAAGAUACAAUAGUUUGACAUUAAUAUAAAGUACUAUUAAAAUGUAGGUACAUCAAUUGAUUGGGCUAAAGGUAAAGCGAAAAUCAAAUAUGUAUUUGCAAUUGAAUUGAGAGAUAAUGGAUUAAAUGGAUUUACUUUG